AUGAAGAUGAAGGAAAUGCGCCCAUCCAUCCGCCCUGCCCUGGACGAUAUGCACAUCCGCAUAUGCAGCGCCUGUCCCUUGGAGAGCACCGCCACCUGCAUCACCGCCCAGGCUAACCAACUUCCUCCCGGCUUCUUCCAGGGCAUUGCGCAUCCAGUGACAGCGGUCCACUCCAAUCGUUUCCCAAGAGCUACCCACGCAUCGUUUCCUCCAGGUCAAUGGAUACCUAGAACAGGGCAGCUCAGGAAAAGCUGCCCGCCCUUCAACGCCUUAUCUUAUCAGCCCACCAGCGGACAAUUACCUCCGCCUGACAUCAUCAAGCCAGGUAAGGCGUCGAUGGUCGGAACGGUUGAGCAUCUCGAAACCAACAAGACUUGGGCGGGCGUGAUCGCGAAAACACAAGAUACCAGCGAGCAAAAUCCCAUGACCCGAUCUGCGGGAUCUGGAAUACGGUAUCUAGAAUACGGGAAAAUGUCACCCUCCAAAAAGAUCUGCCUCUUGAGGGGACACAGCCGAAGAGCCAGCGAUGGACGCCGCACACGCCGGGCCAAUCCCGUUGCGCAGUCCACCGGAGCUCUCGCCGAUGGUCGUCAACAGUGGCAAAUGCUGUCAAAACAGAGUAUCCCAUGUCUUGUUGAGGUUGUUGACUUUGUCGAUAUCUAA